GCCUUUUUGUCCACCACAAAACACACACAGCUCCCCCACCAAAAGAAAAGCCUUCUCUCUUUUUUAAAGAAAGGAUGAUGUCGUUGAAGUCUGCACAUGUUCCGAUGAUGCUGGUUGGCGCCAUUGGUGCGUCCAGUUUCGCAAUGGACUACGUCGGCUCCCGCCUCAAGACGAAGCUCAACAUGCGGCAGCGCCGUUCAUGGCUGAUUGCGAACCAGUAUCACAUGUCGCACACCGUCGCCCUGGCUGCCAUCGCGUGGAUGAUGACGCUGGCGAAGGAGUCGCCGGAGGCCUCUUCUCGUCUUCAGAAAGGCUUCUACCUGGUGAUGGCAGGUGCCUUCGGGUUUGCCGGCUCCAUCUACUCUCUCUCGCUGCGCUGGUGCCCGAAGUUUAUGGGCCCUCUGACCCCGACAAGUGGACUUGUGCUGGUGCUAGGCUGGAUCAACGUGGGCCUGGCUGGAUUGUACUGGUAG